AUGGGUGUUGAUGAAAAGCAUAACGAAGCUGUUGCUUUGAUAGGAGGUCUAAUAUUGAAAAAUCUACAAAUCUUACAAUUUAAUGCACAUGAAGUAUUUGAAUUGCAGUGCCCAAAACCAAGGGUUGGGAAUAAUAUUAUAAAGCAUAACGGGAAAUCGGUCUUCUUGGCUGGUGCUAUAUUUCCGACCCUCGCUUUAUUCAAUCAUUCAUGUGAUCCUAGUGUUGUAAGAUAUUUUUGCGGACCCUACAUUGUCGUGAAAGCUGUUAAAAACAUAAAGAAAGGAGAAGAAGUGGCCGAGAACUACGGUCCAAUUUUUACAACUGUGCCCAAAGAAAAACGGCAAGCAAAUUUGAAAGAACAGUAUUGGUUUGAUUGCACUUGUGUUCCUUGUCAGCAAAACUGGCCACUUUACGAGGAGAUGACAGAAAAUUAUAUGAGGUUUAAAUGCGAUUCAGACCGACCCUGUCCUAAUGUGGUGGCGGUGCCCUACGACUGUCAAGAGUUUAUGAUUAAAUGUGGCCUAUGCGAGCAGCAUACUAACAUAUUAAAAGGACUUAAAUCUUUACAGGUGAGACAAAUAAAUGAACUAAUAGCCGAUUUUAAAUCAAUCAAUUUUUUAUUAAAUUAUGGUAGGUUUUAA